CCUGGAUACCCUGGAAGGUUGCAGAGUGUGGACUGGAGACGCAUUACCGUGACAGGGCAUAUUAUAGUCUGAAUAGGUCAGACCAGCAUUUGAGGAGGGAGAGAGGAGUUCAGAUCUUCUAUCAGAAAGCAGGUCAGUCUUUUAGACUAGCUGUCCGGAAAAUUGUGUUCUUUUUUAAACAACAUUAUUGCAUCUGAACCGUUGAAGGAAAUAAUUUACAAAUAUUCUGAAAUAGAGACGCUCUAAGUCAACCACAGCUGUUACACCACACCUAUUUCCUGGGAGGAGUUUCAGACCCGUAAGGCUUUAUAAAGUCUCAACUUCUUGCCCACAACAGUUUCGAGUCCCCGGCACCAGUCUGUGACCUCUCGGGAGAGUGUAUGUGUGUGUUUUUUUAAACUAACAAAACGCCGAGGCAACAUUCAAAGAAGAUAGAAAAGAAAGUAUCACUUUUUUAAUGUCUCAAGUGCGUGUCAAAGUCAAUCAAAACAGCAGCAAAGUUACAUUUUUCUGAAUUGUUUGGCAUGAGAUCGGAAGGUAUCGAUUAUAAUCCAUUUCUAUUUCAGCGAGCUUGAAGCCUGUUCCUCAUUUCAUCCUGGAAGAACUAAGGAAGAUCUGAUUUGCUACUCCAGUUUGGACUUCGGAGCGGCAUUAUUAUCUCUUUCCUCUUGAACUGCCGUUAUAAAUGUAACUGAUCAAUUAUGAGCAAACCACAAGAUUGUUUUUAGAAAAUAUUUAUUUUGUAAAAGAAAAUUAGAGGAAGUUUGCCAAUUUCUGCUGCCAAGUUCAACGGUUGAGCUCCAGAGUAAAAAGGAUGCAGCUCCCGGUUCUUCUCAACCUGCUUCUCCUGUGGGACAGUCUGCCUGUCGCUCUCUCCCUCUCCACUUGCAAGACCAUCGACAUUGAACAGAUCCGGAAAAAGAGGAUCGAAGCGAUCCGGGGCCAGAUCCUCAGCAAACUCAAGAUGUCCAGUCCCCCGAAGGCCGAGCAGGUGACAGUGACCAACGAGGUCAUGGUUCUGUACAACAGCACCAAGGAGCUCCUGGGUGACCUGGUCAAGGAACAGCAGCAGGCAACCACUGCGACUCAGUCAGACUAUUAUGCCAAAGAGGUGCACCGCUUUGACACUUUAGAGGACAACUCAGGAAACCGAGGAGGUCAGGAUGAUGACUCCUCUCACAAAACCUACCGGUUCAACAUCUCCUUGAAUAUUUCCAGUGAGUCCUCCUUGCAUCGAGCUGAGUUCCGACUCUAUCGAAUGCCCCGGGACGUAGCGGUUGUUCCAGAGCAGCGGGUAGAACUUUAUCAGGUUGGUUCACAUGGCAACACAUACCUAGACAACCGCCUGCUGAAAACCAAGGGAGAAGAAGAGUGGAUCUCGUUCGAUGUGACAGAGACAGUGAAAGAAUGGCUGCUGAAUAAAGAGACUGACCAACAGCUGAAGAUAAGCGUCCACUGCCCCUGUGAGGCUUCCAACCUGAAGCAAAGUCUUCAACUGAAAUUCUAUGAGUCACCACGGGGGGACUUGCAGGCCUUGGCAAAGCGGAACCGGAAGAUGGCACACAUCCUCAUCAUGUCCACUCCUUCGACCAGGGCUGAGACUCACAGUAGGAGAAAACGGGACCUCGACACAGACUACUGCUUCGCGUCUGCUGAAGAGAAGAACUGCUGUGUGCGGCGCAUGUACAUUGAUUUCCGAAAGGAUCUCAACUGGAAGUGGAUCCAUGAGCCCAAAGGUUACUAUGCAAACUUCUGCAUGGGACCCUGUCCAUACAUAUGGAGCUCGGACACCCAGUACAGCACUGUCUUGGCUCUGUACAACUUGCACAACCCUGGAGGCUCUGCAUCCCCUUGCUGUGUCCCCCACGUCCUGGAACCUCUGCCUAUCCUCUAUUAUGUGGGCCGGCAGCCCAAAGUGGAGAAACUCUCCAACAUGGUUGUGAAGUCAUGCAAGUGCAGUUGAAGGUCCAGCUUAGCAAAGACGGUCCAGUGCCAGCAAAAUCUAGAGCCAAAGUUGAACCAACUCAUAAGCCUCCAGGUGGAUUAUAUCUGCACGGACAUAUUCAGCACAUGUCUAAUGUGUGAAAAUAGAGGCUUUCUGUUUGUCUUUUUCUAUUCAGAAUGUUGUCCACUAAUUCCUGCCAGACCACACUGGACAGUCUGACUCAUGUCUACGUCGAUCCAGGCUCCAGAAUUCCAGCUCCAGCUACGUUGGAGACUGCAUUUCAGUGUUUUUAUAUUUUUAAAUGACCGACAUUCCUAUAAUUUAUAAAUCCAGGGGUCUUUUCGAACAGGUUUGUCCCGAAACCUGCUCCAUGUAGUACUGUUAAUUGUCACCUUCUACACUAGGCCCUGAUCUCUUGGCCUUGAAAGCAGCAUUGAAUCAUGGACCAAUAAUUCUCUUGAAGCUUACAGCACUCUUCACAAUAGAAAUGUCCCAUUGUCCUUCGUCAUAAAAUAAAUGAUUCAGCUGCGUCCCAAACUGGUUCAAAAAUUCUGGGCAGCUGAUUAUGGGGCAGAGAGUCUUUAGAUGAACUUUCUAAUGCUCACUGGGCAGCAUUUUGAGGAGUGUGUUGUUUCAAGACUGGGCCUUAGGCCAUAGCCUGACAGGAGAGGAGAGUCAAAAAGCAAAAAUAAUAGCAGGAAAAAAGAUGGUUACACCAUGAUGGACUAAAUACGUCCAACAUUAACUUGAAGAGGACCAUGAAGCCAAUUCAACACAAAUCAAAAAUGGGGUUUCAUCAAGACAACAUUUGAGGAUGAAGGCCUAAUAAAAAGGGAUAGGCCUAUUCAGGAAGGUUGAAAAUCAAACUCCUGGUUAACACUGUCCAUUCUGAGUAUUUAUUUCUGGGUCUUGGGCUGCAAACAGGAUAAAGGCCUCAGUUUGGCAUGUUGACUGAAGAAAUAUGUGCUGCCAAAUAAGCGUAUGUGUUUCUAAAAAUAAUUGUUUCUUGAUGA